UUAGCAAUAAGCAAGAAAUCUGCGAGAAGACAUCUGAGAGAAGAAUGGUUUCCUUUAUAUUGUUACGACUCUGUCUUAUAUCUCUCACACAAGCAGCAGCUGGACUUCAGUUAUUUGAUCAUUUGGGGAUGUUUGCCUUACUAGGAGAGGAUAUUACUUUGCCAUGUGGCAUACCCUCUAUUGAAUCCUGCUCCUCUGUCAACUGGAACAUGGCUGAAGAGUUUCAGUCGAUCGCUGAGGUGGUGAAGGCUGGAAAGGUGACAGCUCCGAGUCCGAACGCCCUCAGGCUUGGCCUGCUAAAGGACUGCUCUCUGAAGAUUAAUCACCUGGAGCUCAAUGAUGCACGACUUUACUCUUGUGACAGUGGCACGCUCAAUUCAAGCGUUUCACUUCAGAUUCUUGAAGUUACUGAGCGCUCCACUCCUGCGGUAGGCACAAUAGAGCUUCACUGCUUCCUCAACAUGUAUAAAGGACUCGCCCCUUGUAACAACAAAGGGAUACAUAUCACGUGGAGGACAGGAGACAAUACACCUUUAAAUGGGAAAAGAUUUAACUUUGACAAUCCCUCUGAAUGCUUCUCUAAACUGAUCAUCACUAAAAAGCUGACGGAUCAUCACAGAAAAUGGAAAUGCCAGCUGACUCAGAAUGACACAGUGAAAGCUACCAUCAGUUACACGACAACAAUAAAAGAUGGCAUAGAGGAAGUGUUUGCAGCAGUGGGUGAGUCAGUGUCACUCUCUUGUAGCGACACUUCCUCUCUUGGUGUGAGUGUCAGAGGGAAGUGGUCUGUGGGUGAAAGGACACUGACAGAUGAUAUGUCACCCCAAAAAGGCCAAACAGAGAAAUUUCAUGUCAAUGAAGAUUCAUCGCUGGUCAUUAGCAAAGUGAGUGCUCUGCAUGCUGGGGACUACCAAUGUUCAGACUCCACUGAUCAGCAAAAGGUGCUUAACAAAAUCAGGCUGCACACCCUCGAUGUUACCUCAGAGCGUGGGCCAGGUGGAGAUAAUCUCACUUUGACUUGUGUGCUUACCUGCACUAAAGAAUGUGGAAAAGACAUCAAUUUGACUUGGUCCAGAGGUAGCCAAAAUACCUGGCAGAGCCGCUUAAUGAAUGUCAAUAACUCUCUGAUAAACAGGCUGUUUCUCCCAGUUUUGUCAACGACAUCAGAUGAAUUCAUUUGCUUUGUGCAUAGAGAGAGUGAUGUGAUGGCAUCAAAGAAGUGGCACACUGUUCACCCAGCUCUGCAAACACCUGCGUGGGUAGCCCUUCCACUAGCUCUCCUGAUAUGUAUAACCGCUGGAGGAUCCUACAUGUACACUAAGAGGAAGCAGCACAAGGAUGCAGGAAAUGAACAGUCAAGUAUUGGAAUGUAUUCCUCUUCACAGACUCAUGUUUACGAGGUCAUCCAGGAUGCAAAUCAAGAGGAAUUACAACGGCAAAGACAACCCAAAAGAGGAGCUGUCGCCACCACUGACAGUUUCUAUGAUUUAUUACAGGCUGUGAACUAAAUAAAAGCGUCUUUUAACUUUGAUUUCAACCAUCUAUACACUAAAAAGGCCUUUUUUUAAAUGGUUAUCAGUGUUUAUGACUCCUUACUCGUGAUCAUUCAUCGUCCUAAAGAUAUUUAUUCACAUUGGAAAGAAAUAGAAAGAUUACAUUGUAAACACGUCUCCAUUUUAAAAAAAUAAUACUGUUGAUUAGAUGUUGAUGAAGAAACAUGGCAAUAAGGAAGACUCUUUUCAGCAGUCUAAAAACAGGUUAGCAUUCUCUAUGUUGAUCCAUCUAAAUCUCAGUUACUCUUUUAAGAUAAACACAUUGCAGGUGAGUUAAUGUUACAUGUUUUACAAGAUUAGACACUAAGGACUUUGAUUUCACGAGGAAAAUCUUCUUCUUUGUCUUCAGCAGACUGAUGUUACUGAUACCGGACUGCAAUGAUGGAGAGGAAUUUGUUAUUUGGCUAUUUUGACAUGAUGUAAAUUGAAGUAUGACUUGAUAAUAGUAGUUGGGAUUUGAUAAUAGCAGUACUACUUACAAGUACACAGGCCUUCAUCCAGGGAUUGUUGGUAGAGACAGUUGUUUGUAUGAUCUGUGAGAUGAAGUUGAAAAGUUAUCAAUGAAAUGGUACAGAAAGGUCACAGGAGCUGGACUAAAACAGGUAGUGAGAGAGUAACAUGGUGCUCACCCUCUGAAGGUGUCAGAUCCACAAUCUCAUAAACAUCCGAAAGAGUACCUUAACAACACGAGCACACAAAGUUAUUCUAAUAUGCCACGACACUGCAUUGCUCAUCAAGAUUAAUGAAGAUCAAACCUGGUGUGUGCCUCUGGGUUUGCUGUGUAACUCUCCGGGUGUUCCGCCUGCGGUAAAUGAAUAGUCCUAUCAGUGCAGCCAUUAUGGCAAUCCCAACAAUGACUGACGCCACAAGAACAGCAAUAAAUGCUCUGCUGCUCCCCUCCAUCUUGGUUUCCAGAAUAAUCUCACUGGUUGUUAAUCCUGGGCAAGACAGGAAGCAAAGCUAAGCAUUUACAACAUCAGAUUUAACAGGAGAAUACUGACACAGUUGGAUUAAGUUGUAUAAUAUUAUAGUUUUUGCUGCAAUACCUGGAACUGUGGCCACAGUGACAUUUUCCACUUUACAAAGGAAAUAGAAAAGGUACAUUAUUAGGAGUUAUGCAUAUUGUCUUUAGUUGUCAGUGAUGAUACAAGAUAGUUUAAAAUCUUACCUCGGACACGCAGGUAAAUUUCAAAGCAGCGCUGAGUUUGUCCAAGCACGUGCUUACAGGUAUACCAACCACUGUCACUGUCAUGCACAGACUGGAUAGCUAAUGACAUCCCAUUCAUUUCAACCCUCUCAGAGUCAAGAGAUUUAGGGUUACCUCCUUUCAGCAUUGCC